UUAUAACUCUCAGGAAAUCUCCUAUACGCAGAGCUGUUUCUUAAUACUCUCUGCAAACUUAUGGUGCUGGCUCUGUUUGGAUGAUUUAUGAGGUUAGCAUGGUACCACGGUGAUAUGAGAAGAAGGGAAGCAAUUUCUUAGAAGAAGGAAUUCAAUAUUAUACCCUUUUGUUUCAGGGAAAAAUAAAGAAGAAGAAUGAAGCAAUUAUCUCUUAUUCUCUUUUCUCUGAUCUGCCUUGUGUUUUAUUUGGAAGAAGAGGAAUUACUUAUAGGACUUUUAAAGAUGUCUUUUUCUUUUGACACUUUUGGGGAUGUUGUUUUCCUGAUAGAACCAAAGAUAGUUGGCUUUGGACCCUUUAUUUUUUGUUUGCGUCAUUCUCUCUCUAUUAAUGAAUUUGGAGACCUUGUAUAUAAAAUGUCUUUUUUGCAUGGGAAGCACUUGCUUGAUGUCUUGUUUACAUUGUCCUGUAUUUUCCUGUUUUAAAAGUAAAAGUUAGAUUCACUGGAGAAUUUAAAUGCACGGAUGUUGUUUUCCUGAUAGAACCAAAGAUAGUUGGCUUUGGACCCUUUAUUUUUUGUUUGCGUCAUUCUCUCUCUAUUAAUGAAUUUGGAGACCUUGUAUAUAAAAUGUCUUUUUUGCAUGGGAAGCACUUGCUUGAUGUCUUGUUUACAUUGUCCUGUAUUUUCCUGUUUUAAAAGUAAAAGUUAGAUUCACUGGAGAAUUUAAAUGCACGGAUUGCUGUCAGAUGUGAUGCUUUUAUUGGCAGGUUUAAUUUACCAUUUCUAAAACUAGUGAACCAUAGGAGUCAUAUAUGAUUGAGUCAAUUCUUUUUCUUGGUAAUUUUCCAAGUAAUCUUAUUGGAGAUUACCUGUUCUUUUCUGAAAUUGUUGUUCCAGGUUCUUUUUAGGGCAUGAAACUCGCAGUUAACCUAAUUAUAAAAGAUUGUAAAUUAAUCUUAGCUAAGGAUAUAUCUUGUUUGUCAUAUUUUCAAAUCUGGAACUGUGGACUUAGCCUGUUAAAAGACCAUCUAUUUCAGAAUGAUUUCACUGUCUGGCAAAAUAAUUCUACACUUUGGAUUUUUUUUCUCACGUCUUGUUCAAUAUACAGGAACUUGCCUUACCACCGAGGAAUGCCUCUUGAAUAAAAACAGGAACCGUCAUUUGACGAAAGAGCAGAUAGAGGAAGAGCUUAUGGCAUACCUUGGAGUCACGAAGGUCAUUUGGUUGCCUCGUGGAUUAUAUGGUGAUGAUGAUACUAAUGGUCAUAUUGAUAAUAUGUGCUGCUUUGCGAAGCCUGGUGUGGUUUUGUUGUCUUGGACUGACGAUGAAACAGAUCCUCAGUAUGAAAGAUCAGUAGAAGCCUUAUCUGUUCUCUCCAAUGCUACUGAUGCUAAGGGCCGGAAAUUACAAGUGAUUAAAAUCCAUGUGCCGGGGCCACUUUAUAUGACAGAAAAAGAAGCUGCAGGAAUUUUUCAGGCAAGCAUUUUGAUACACUGGAAAUUUUCUCUCAUCUCUAUAUUAAGUUUCGUCUAUUUAGAAGAAAUGGUAGAAAAGUUUUGUUAAUAAUAAUCAGAAUGC